AUCCAUUUGUCGCAACUGUUUGACGAGAUCCGCAAGAAUGAGACCAAAGGGCUGUCAAACUGGAAGCAGCGGCUCUUCAUCUCAGACAGGGCUCACUUAGUGUUUGAUUUUCACCAAACCGUCGAUGGAUUGCAAGAGAAAGACAGGGGAAAGAAGAGCAUCGGGACGACGAAGAAGGGCAUCGGCCCUACAUAUGCCACAAAGGCGGGUCGCACCGGCAUCAGAAUGGCUGACCUGAUGGGAGAUUAUUCUCUAUUCCAAGAGAAAUGAGUUGUCUUUCACCUCAACUCUCGUUUUCUGACC